CGCGUGCGCGCCGCCGACCGCCAAACUUUGCGAGUUGGGCGCGGGGCCUCGGGGCGCGCGGUUGGAGCAGCGGCAGCCGCGGGGAGCGCGGGGGCGGGCGCGGCGGCCGGGCCAUGAGCGGCCGGGCGGCGCCGCUCUCCCGCAAGCAGCGGCUCAUGGCAGCGGCGGGCGCGGCCCUGUCGUGCUUCAUCUGCGGCGGCGGCAUCGCGCGCGGCAAGGAGCUGAAGCUACCGGUGAGGCCGGCGGGCCCCGCGCAGCCCUUCUUCCCGUUCCUGCAGCAGCAGGAGCCGGCUCCCGGGGCGCGCGGGUUGAGCGCGACCGAUGGCUGCGUGCUGGUGUGCGCCGUGUGCCGCUGCUUCCUGGCCGAGCAGUGGGCCGCCUUCGAGCGCGCGCGCACGCCCGUGGACAAGCGCGUGUACUGGCUCAAGCGGCCGCACCAGUGCGACGCGAGUGCGGGCGGCCGGCGCGGGGCCCGCGAGUGGAACGCCGAGGACGCGCGCGACUCGGAGCUGUCGGAGCUGUCGGACGCAGACGCGCUGCCAGAGCCCGAGCCCGAGGAUGCUCACGACGCCACCAAGCCCGGAGCUCGGCGUCAGCGCACGGGGCCCGGGACGCACUGGGCUCCCGAGCCGCGGGCCAGCGUGCUGAGGGGCAUCCAGGAACCCUGGCCUGUCCCCACUGUGCCCGACGGCACGGACAGCGCCGCCCCUAGCCGGACCGCGGGGCCCCCAGAGCGCAGCAGCACCCCCGAGGGCAACGACGUCGCUGUGAGCCUCGGGGACGAGGGCCUGGAGCGGCCUCCCCGGACGCCCGCGGACAACCAGGCCCGCUGCUGCUACGUCUGUGGGUCGGCGCUGUCGCCAGCCUCACAGCAUCAGAUCCACGUGCAGAAGCAAGAGGCCCCCUCACAGGCGCCCUUCUUCCCCUUCCUUUGGCUGCACAGUCCCCCGCCCGGCGCCCAGCCCAUCACAGAGGCGGGCAGCACCCUCGUGUGUCCCUGCUGCUUCUCGUCCCUCACGCACCAGUGGCAGAGCUUCGAGUUGGCCAACGUGCCUGUCCUGCAGCGGCUCUACGUGGUUCCCCUGAACAGCCACGCCCCCGGUAUGGCCUCUAAGGCCCGCAGACUCCCUAGAGACGAGGGGCCCGCCUCCGCUGCUGGCCUGCUGCGGGAGGCCUGCUACCUCUGCGGGGAAGACUGUACGCGGGAUGCCCGGUUAGUGCCCUCCCGCAUCGUCAACGGCAACUCGGGGAGCUCCAUGCACUUCCCCUUUCUCAGCCUUCUGCCUUGCCCACCCAACGCUCGGCCCCCCAACAAGCGCUGUGAGGUUCGCAGCUGCCCCAAGUGCUACAGCGUCCUCGAGGAUGUCUGGGCCCUGUACCGGGCAUCACACAACCGUGAGCUUAUCAGCUCGGUGCAAGGCUUCCUGGGCAGGUACCACCAAGCUUUCUCUGCUUCAGACCCUACUCUGAGCGACCUGCCUGCUUCUGCGCAGGGAGGCCCGCCUGCCGUCUGUUACAUCUGCGGGGCUGAGUUGGGGCCGGGCAAGGAGUUCCAGCUCAGCAUGAACCCCGCUAGCCACCUGGGCGAGAAGGAGCCCUUCUUUCCUUUCCUCACCGUCUAUCCACCCGCCCCGCGGGCCAGGCCUGCAGACUCCACUGGCCUGGUGGCCACCUGUGUGCUCUGCUAUCAUGACUUGCUGGGUCAGUGGCUGCAGCAUGAAGCCAGAGGUGCUCACCAGGGUGUCAGCGCCUGGUCUAGGCAGUACCAGGUGGACACAUUCGUGUGCUUCUUCUGUCAGCAAGAGAAGAAACGGUGUCUGGGGCUGAAGUCGGUGAGAGUGGCCAGGCUGCCCUUAUUCCUGUAUACCCUGAGAGCCAGCCACAGCCUGUUGGUGGAUGACGGCCGGCAGCUUAUCAUCGGUGCCUGCGUGGAUUGUGGGACCCUGGUUUGUGCAGGUCAGGGGCUCGUCAACCCGGCCCCCAUGGGCUGGAGCUCCCCAGCAGCAGGAGUAACAAAGGUCACCUCUGCCCCUCUGGAGACACCUGCAAUUGUCCAUGCUCCUGCAUCAGAGCCUGAGCUACAGCCGGUGCCCCCCACAGAUAGUCUAUCCAGGGGCACCAGGACCACCCAGGAGCUGCGGCCAGUGCCAAGCCAGCAGAGUAGCCGGGACAGCUGGGAUGGAGACGGAGCAGACCUCAUAGCCACAGGCAUGAGCCAUGAGCCCAAGUCCCCUUCAAUAGGGAUGCUUUCCACGGCGACCAGGACCACCGCCACCGUCAACCCCCUCACCCCCUCGCCACUCAAUGGCGCCCUGGUGCCCACCGGUAGCCCGGCCACCAGCAGUACGCUGUCGGCCCAGGCCGCGCCAUCCUCCAGCUUUGCUGCCGCGCUGCGCAAACUCGCCAAACAGGCAGAGGAGCCCAGAGGGUCUUCACUGAGCAGCGAAUCGUCCCCCGUGUCCUCCCCAGCUACCAACCAUAGCUCUCCAGCCAGCACGCCCAAGAGAGUGCCCAUGGGUCCCAUCAUUGUCCCCCCUGGGGGUCACAGUGUCCCCAGCACUCCUCCUGUGGUCACCAUUGCCCCCACCAAAACCGUCAAUGGAGUCUGGAGAAGUGAGAGCCGCCAGGACUCUGCCUCACGAAGCAGCAGCAGUGGUCGGGAGCGCCUGCUUGUGGAACCUCCUCUAGCCCAGGAGAAGGCGGCAGGCCCAGCUAUCCCCUCCCACUUGCUCAGCACCCCAUAUCCCUUCGGCCUCUCCCCCAGCUCAGUUGUACAGGACUCCCGCUUCCAACCACUCAACCUCCAGCGGCCUGUGCACCACGUGGUGCCCCCGAGCACUGUGACCGAGGACUACCUGAGAAGCUUCCGGCCCUAUCACACCGCUGAGGACCUGCGCAUGUCCUCCCUGCCUCCGCUUGGCCUGGACCCAGCUACCGCUGCUGCCUACUAUCAUCCCAGCUACCUGGCCCCACACCCAUUCCCACACCCGGCCUUCAGGAUGGAUGACUCCUAUUGCCUAUCAGCCUUAAGGUCUCCGUUCUACCCCAUCCCCACCCCCGGUUCCCUGCCUCCACUGCACCCAUCAGCUAUGCACCUGCAUCUCUCUGGGGUCCGCUACCCACCUGAGCUCUCACACUCGUCCCUGGCCGCGCUGCACUCAGAGCGGAUGUCGAGCCUCAGCGCAGAGAGGCUGCAAAUGGACGAAGAGCUGCGGAGGGAGAGAGAACGGGAACGGGAGCGUGAGCGCGAGCGCGAGCGGGAGGCCGACCGAGAAAGGGAGAAGGAACGGGAGCGGGAGCGAGAGCAGCGGGAGAAGGAGCUGGAACGAGAACGGGAGAAGGAGCGGGAGCGGGAACUGGAGCGCCAACGUGAACAGCGGGCAAGGGAGAAGGACCUGCUGGCUGCCAAGGCGCUGGAGCCCACCUUCCUGCCUGUGGCCGAGCUGCAUGGACUGCGGGGCCAUGCCACUGAGGAGCGGCCUAAGCCCUCAGAGCAGCUGACCCCAACCCGAACAGAGAAGCUGAAGGAUGUGGGCUUGCAGGCACCCAAGCCUGUGCAGCAUCCCCUGCACCCAGUGCCUGCCCCGCACCAUACCGUGCCCAGCCUUAUCUCCAGCCACGGCAUCUUCUCUCUACCGGGAAAUAGUGCUGCCACAGCCCUGCUGAUCCAGCGCACCAACGAGGAGGAGAAGUGGCUGGCACGCCAGCGGCGGCUGCGGCAAGAGAAGGAAGAUCGCCAGUCCCAGGUGUCCGAGUUCCGGCAGCAGGUGCUGGAGCAGCACCUGGACCUGGGCCGGCCCACGGUACCCACAGAGGUGGAACACAGGCCUGAGAGCACCAGGCCAGGACCAAACCGGCAUGACCAGAGCAACCGUGAACCCCCACAGCACUUUGGUGGGCCACCACCCCUCAUCUCACCCAAGCCCCAGCACCAUGCUGUGCCCACAGCCCUCUGGAACCCAGUGUCUUUGAUGGACAAUGCCCUGGAGACACGGCGGGCUGAGAGCCACUCUCUGCACAGCCACCAGACUGCUUUUGAGCCGAGCCGUCCAGCGGCUGUGCCGCUGGUAAAAGUGGAGCGUGUCUACUGCACGGAGAAGACAGAGGAGCCCCGGAAGCGUGAGGCCACACCACUGGACAAAUACCAGCCGCCACCGCGGGAGGCAGGAAGUCUGGAACCUCAGACCUUUCCCCAUGGACCUGGGCCUUUCCUUGCAGAACUGGAGAAAUCAACACAGACCAUCUUGGGCCAGCAACGGCCCUCCCUUUCCCAGGCAACCCCCUUCGGGGAGCUCAGUGGGCCCCUGAAGCCAGGCUCGCCCUACUGCCACCCCACACCGCGGGGCCCUGACCCAGCAUACAUCUAUGACGAGUUUCUUCAGCAACGCCGGAGACUGGUCAGCAAGCUGGACCUGGAGGAACGCAGGCGGCGCGAAGCUCAGGAGAAAGGGUACUACUACGACCUCGAUGACUCUUACGACGAGAGCGAUGAGGAGGAGGUCAGGGCACACCUCCGCUGCGUGGCUGAGCAGCCACCCCUCAAACUGGAUACAUCCUCUGAGAAGUUAGAGUUUUUGCAACUUUUUGGCUUGACCACCCAGCAGCAGAAGGAGGAGCUGGUAGCACAGAAGCGCCGGAAGCGGAGGCGGAUGCUGAGAGAGAGAAGCCCAUCUCCACCUGCGGUUCAGAGCAAGCGGCAGACGCCUUCCCCCAGGCUGGCUCUGUCCACCCGCUACAGCCCCGACGAGAUGAACAACAGCCCUAACUUUGAGGAGAAGAGGAAGUUCCUGACCUUCUUCAACCUGACACACAUCAGUGCAGAGAAGAGGAAAGACAAAGAGAGGCUUGUUGAGAUGCUCCGUGCAAUCAAGCAGAGGGCACUGUCCGCAGCAGUGGCAGACUCAGUGACAAACUCUGCGAGGGACAGUCCUACCAUCUCCUUGAGUGAACCAGCCACACAGCCAGCUCCUCUGGAAACAGAUCAGCCUGCCGGGGUCCCUGCCUCCGUGUCAGACGCCCCAAAGGCCGCGGAGACUGGGAGACUGGAACAGCUCCGGCCCCAGGAGCUCUUGAGAGUCCAGGAGCCAGCUCCUAGCAGCGGUGAGAAGGCCAGGCUGAGUGAGGCCCCUGGGGGCAAGAAGAGCCUGAGCAUGCUUCAUUAUCUCCGGGGCGCUGCGCCCAAGGACAUUCCUGUGCCGUUGUCCCACAGCAUCAACGGGAAGAGCAAGCCUUGGGAGCCCUUCAUGGCAGAAGAGUUUGCACACCAGUUCCACGAGUCCGUACUGCAGUCCACACAGAAGGCGCUGCAGAAGCAUAAAGGGAGCUCAGCUGUGCUGUCUGCAGAGCAGAACCACAAGGUCGACACGGCAGUCCACUACAACAUUCCUGAGCUGCAGUCCUCCAGCCGGGUCCCCUUGCCCCAGCACAAUGGACAGCAGGAGCCCCCAGCUGGCAGGAAGGGCCCCCCUAUGCAGGAGGUGGACCAGGACUCUGAGGACGACAUUGAAGAUGACAGUGCCGAGGAAGCGGAGGAAGCCCCCAGGCGCCAGUGGCAAGGGAUUGAGGCAAUCUUUGAAGCUUACCAGGAACACAUAGAAGAGCAAAACCUGGAGCGGCAGGUGUUGCAGACACAGUGCCGGCGGCUGGAGGCCCAGAAUUACAGCCUCAGCCUGACUGCCGAGCAGCUCUCACACAGCAUGGCGGAGCUUCGGAGUCAGAAACAGAAGAUGGUCUCGGAGCGCGAGCGGCUCCAGGCGGAGCUGGACCACUUACGGAAGUGCCUUGCCUUGCCCACCAUGCACUGGCCUAGGGGCUACUUUAAGGGAUAUCCGAGGUGACGAUUUCCCUUACACUAGGCUGAACCUAUAGCAUAGAAAUAUUAUCUAUUUUAUUACCUUGAAUAUUUAAUAUUUUUCACUGGGAGGUUUGAAGCUUACAAAUUGAGAACGUGCCAUGCAUGAGCGAAGAAUUCCAGGCUCCAGCGAGGACGUCACCUUGACUCCAGUGUGAUCAAGUCACCCUUUCUCAGCUAAGACUGUUUCUCUUUCUGAUGGCGGUUUAUUCCUUCUCCCCCCACAUUCUUUGUAUCCAGUACUGAUGCCCACCGUGCAUGUGGCUGAGGGAGAGUCAGUUGGUUGUUUCUGGUGUUGCUGUGCCAAGAGCCCAGCUUGCUCUUGCUACGGCCCUGGGAGUGCUAACCCCUUCCUCCCAGGAGGAAUACUAACUUGCGCUGAGAAGGCUGGGUGUAUACAAGCAAAGGGCUCAUGAUCAGUCACCUUCCUGCGCCAUCGUCAAAGCCACAGGUCCCAGGAGCAUGCAAGCCAGUCAAGGCUUCUCCCUGGAACAGCUCUUAGGAAAAAAGGCAAACCCACACCCAAAGGUACCUUGUUUUCCUUGGGGAAGACGGGUGGAGCUAUUCACUGAUAGCCCACCGACUGGAUUGCUACCGCUGUGUGUGGCGUUUUCAUACAAACAUGUUUUGAGAGAAAAGUCAAAGGUGCUUCAGCCUUGUACUGUGUAUAUAUUAAAAAAAAAAGUUUUGUAUGUUUUUAUUACUUUAAUUAUUGUUAUAAAAAGCCUGCCAUUUUUAAUAUGUGGUUUGGGGAAUUUUGUUUGUUUUUCCUGUUUGGGGGUUUCCUUUGUUUUUCUCGUUUUUGUUUUUUCUGGUUAAAAAAACAACCUGCUUCUAGUGUUUGUGCUGCUGCUGGUCAGGACAUUAAAAUGCUGAAGUUCCUUUUAGAAAAUAGAAGAGCUCACCUGUGUCAUCCCACACGGCAGGGCUGAGGGGCACCUGGGGCUGGGCUAGUAGUGUUCAGAGCAUGAGUGACCCACAUGCAGCAGGAGCUUGAGGCAGAGCUGUGGGAGCUGAGCUGUGACCGCACAGCCAUGGCAGAGAGCUCGGUACCAGGGAUCUCCCAGCUUCAACUCCUCAGUCAGGGUUGGCCAACUAAGAGAACCUCUUCCACUCCGCGGAGGAUGGGGAGGGGAGGCUGAGCCUACUUUUGGCCACCAGGCUUAAUGGUUGUAUAAAGCAGCUUGCCAGCAGCCCCUGCCUGCCCACCCCCUGCAGUUUGCUGUCUCCCUGCCAAGAAUCUUCUAGUUAGUAGCAAACCCAGAGAAGAAAGUGCCACCAGUAUUGUCAACAAGUGCGGCUUGGCACAGGAGCAGCAGGUGAGGGGUGCUGAGGUCUCUGUCCUACAGCCAACUGAAGAAGGGCUCGGGUGAGCAGAGGCUGCAUGCCCUGGGACAAAGUUACCGAGCUCCUAACUAGAUGCUACUUGCGCUCACCUUAGUGUUCCUGUCCCCAUCCAAACUCCACACUGAUGACCGGAAGCUUUUGCUAAUCUGCUUGGUAAUGGCUUUGGGAAAAGUAGACCCCAUAACUUAAGGCGCACAUACAGCCCCUUCUCCUUAUCUCAUAGGAAUUCCCCUGAAUGAGUGUGUGACCCAAUGCAAGAGAUAACCUCCCAGGUGGGCCUGGGGCACAAGCUGAGCCACUGACCUGGCAAUGCCUAUGUCCCUUCCAAACGCCCUGGCCUGCCUGUGGAGCCCUGAAUAUUCCCAUGCUCACAAGUAAAGUGACAAUCAGAACCAGGUACAAGCCAGUAAGGUGGCAGGCAAGUAUGCCACUCAUACCACACACACGUGGUUCUCCUGUCCCACAUAGUCUGAGACACUGAUGAAGGUAAAAACACAGCACACCCGUCCAGGUACCACAUAGUCCCCGGCAGCCUCUCCCAGUCUUUCCCCACAACAGAUCUGCUCUAGGAUAGAUGGACUAGGAAAUUACUACGUACCUGGGAAUCCUAGUCCUUGACCGUGUCUUCCCACUUCACCUCCAAGGGAUAGCUGCCAUCUCUCCUGGCUGAGAAUUCACCAAGUUUGUGAUGAACCAGUCCAGUGUUAGAUCCCAUGGCUCCGUGUUUCAUCAGAUCAGAUUUGUUCCACAUCAUCAGAGCCAAACUGGUAAGGCCUGCCAUCAUCCCAGAUGAGGAAGCUAGGACUGUCAACACUUAGUGGCUAGGUACCCAGAGGAGCACUGCCCUACGAAUGGGGAAUUGCAGCCAUGCUCACAGCACUGCCAAAUCUCAGUUAAACUGAACUGCAAACUAGAUGCCUCCCACCCCUGCCCCCACGUCCAGAACCCAGCAUGGAGAUGGCCCGCACAGCAGGCUCAGCACCUCCGAGGUGUGCGCAGGCCACUUAGCAGCCGGCUGUGCUCUUUCAAGUACUCAAGCUUUGACUUCACUACUUGCCGUAGCCCGUCCCCACUGUCUGAUCCAGUGCUUAACUUCAACCCUAGAGGCUGCCUUGACCCGAGGAGGCAUCUCACUGGUUUUGUACUUGUGUGUGCCCUACGCCUCGCUGCUGGGGCGGUGGACCCAGGCAGGAGGGAGGACAGGUGCCUCGGUCACUCUGGGGGCAGUUUAGAUGCUGUGAAAUUAAACCCGUUCUAAGUGUACUUGUUUGAAUUAACUGUAUUGUAAUAUUAUUUGUUGAAUGUAGUAAUUAGGUAUUUAUGAAUAUAUUGCUGUAAUUUCUGACAACAUCCCAAAAAUAAAAUAUUCCUAAAUCAUGUUAA